AUGUCAUCCCGCGGAUCCGGCUCCACGUCCACAGCCGAGAGCACCGACUCCUACCCCAGUCUGUACAGAUCAUUCCCAAGCGAGCGGACAUCAAUCGGUUCAUCAUCGAACUCGGCCUCAUCCAUAACCUCUUCCAGUGCAACAUCAUCUCAAUCAGUUUCCAAGAUCCUCAAUGUCCCACAGCGUGAAACCACCUGCUCUACGGUCCCACCUCGAUUGAAAUGGGACCGCGAAGCUCCAGCACCGAACCGUCCUUACGAUUCCCGAAACUUUGACGCCCCGUUCAAAACACUUCAACCGUACCUGAGCGAACUCGGAGGUCUAGGUGUCCCGCCUCGCAAACCAUGCCACUCACCCAAACCGGACCCAUUCCGGAAGCGAACUCACGUAGACGAAAUCUUCCACAAGCGUGUGACGGAUACCGGUGCCUUUUCCAUCACAGAACAACCGAAGACGAAUGUUUGCCUCCAAAGGAAAUCACCGGAAAUCGAGGAAGUUGCCGUGGAAGCCGUGAAAAGCGUGAUCCUUGCAGACAAUGUCAACUCCGAUGCAAGCAGUUCGAGCGAGACAUCCGAGUCGGAUGGGGAUCUGUUGGAGAUGAGCUGGAGCGCGUUCCAGCAGCAACCGAAGCGGAAUGAACUGCUGAAGCAAUGCAAGCGAUCAUUCUUUCAAGCCCGGAAGGAACUGUUCAAGCUACGACAGUACGAAGAUUACUUGGAAGAGAAGAACAGGCUACCGGAAGAGGUGGAGUCAUGGGAGAUCUCGUCGGAAAGUACAGUGGAAUCGGAGGAAUCGCUAGAAGAGGAUUUUCUAGGGAAGAAAGAAGAAAUAGUGGUUGUCGAACCAAGCGAGUCAGUCGAUGAAUACAAACCAACGGAGAUUGUGCACGAAGAGGAUAAACUGCAGUUACAGGAACAUGAGCAGUCUUACAUGGACCGUAUUCGAGAGCACAUGUGGAGCAAGUACGAGGCAAAGGAGCAACAGGAGAGAGAGGAUAAAGCCGAGCGGGAACAAUCACCGGAACCAUUGGAUGAAGAGGAAGCUUUGAAAAACCUUCCGAAGCAAGAUUAUUUGAAUUUGAAGAAGCAUGAAUUUCGGCAGCAGCUAGCUGAUCGCUUGGAGGAGAUCAAGCUUUCGAUGAAGCGGGAACCGAAGGAGCUUCCCCAGACGACGGUUCAAUUUGAAAAGUAUACGGAUGAGCUGAUGCGAGGUCGAAGGGAACUGCUCGAUGAAGCCUUGCUGGUGGAUGACCAUUACAAGAAAGCUGGCUUGGAGAUCGACGUUCCAGAGAAGGAUCUAGAGCUGCGAAAAUUUCGAGCCGAGGACCACAAGAGUGAAACGGAAGAGUCGGAAGUGGAAGAAGAUGAGGAGAAGUUAUCAGAAGUAGAAGAAGAACCAAUCGUGCAUACUUGUAUGACGCGACUGGAGUGGGCACGUUGGAUAGGUCGGUGCACAAAAUUGGAGAAGCUGAAGUUACCGCAGGUGAAAAUUCCUCGCCUACCGAGGGUGGUCCACGAAUCGGAACAGAGUCCGAUAAGGAUGUACAUUAAGGGAUUGCACAAAGAAGAUAAAGAGAUGAAACGAGAGAAGAAACCAAGCCAAGAAUCAUUGCCCGCAGUCGAUGCAAAGCCAAGUGAGCCGAAAGCUGUCAAGUGGCAAUUGAAAGAAAUGUUGUACGACAAGCCGAAAGAAUACAGGAUUUCGAAAUUCGUACCGUAUAAGCCACCGAUACGGCCGUUUCCCGAGUUAGCAAAGGAUAGAUACAAAGUGAGCCAGGCGGGUCGUAGAAGACGACGUAAUCGGCGAAAGAAUCACAUGGAUUGGAUCGAUCAGUUGGUGGAAGAAAUCUGCAAUCGAAAUUAUGGGUAA